AUAUUUUGGCUAUUGCAGCGAUCGUCUGGCGACAAGAACUGUGGGUUAAUCGUCCAACUGACAGCGAUGCGGCCAAACAAAAUCCGAUUAUGAGUCGGUCCGAGUAUUUGCCGUGCGACCAUUGCCGAUGCUCAAGGUGUACCGCAAGAAAAACCUAUAUUAUUUAGUUAGUUCGUGCAACAAAUUAACCACAAGUGUCAUCAUUUUAUACUGUGUUAUGUUGUGUAGUGUCAUCUAAACGAAAAUGUACUGCACAACACGUUGGCUGAGAUACAUUCUAUGUGUCAUCAAUUUAAUCUAUGCUCUUAAUGGCUGUCUGCUCAUCUGGUAUGGCACCUGGCUGCUGGACACGAUUGUCGAGCAGCUAAUUGCCGUGCAUCAUGGCGAGAAACUGGCUGCCAUUCUUUGUAUUCUACUCGGCGUUGUCAUCAUUCUGACCAGCAUCUUUGGCCUUAUUGGCCUGGUCAAGGAGUGCCGGAAAAUGCUAAUAAGUUACGCAGUGCUUUUGUUGCUACUUCUGGUCAUACAGUUUAUAAUGUUUAGCAGCAGUUUUGCGGCUAGCAGAGAUUUUCUGCCGGAGAGUUUGACACAGGGAUUUGACGAAUUGUGGGAUGCACAAUACAUGAGCAACAGCACCCUCAACAAAUACGAGGAGUGGCUUCACUGUUGUGGUCGCAACAGCGCUGAGGAUUACCUAAUGUUGGACAGGGAGCUUCCUGCCAGCUGCUGCCUGGAUCGGGAUUGCACGAGUCCACUAAAUCUCUUUAUGGAUGGCUGUGAGAACAAGUUCAAACAAUAUGUGAGCAGAAAGACUGCUAAUUUUCAUACACUCAGCUGGCUGUUAAUAAUAACUGAGUUUGUCGGCUCUGUAGCUACCUGUUAUUUGGUGGAUAGCAUACGAAAUCAUCGCGAUCGCGUGCGUUUUUAUAAUUAGCUAAACUUUAAUUAAUUAAAUUAUUAUUUAAUUGUUGACACUG